AAACGGGGAAAAACGAGCAUUGGCUCGACGAUCUGCUCAGCCGCCAAAACCCUGAUCACCACCUGAACCAUACAACGGUCAGUGUUUAAGAAACUUGAGAAGAGGGCACUACGGCGUUGGUUUUGAUCUCGCCGAUUCCAAGAGGAAGAAGAAGAAGAAGAAAGGGAAAUGGUGCACAAAGCAUGGAGGAUAAUUCCCAGGCCUUUGAUGGAGACCGUCCUCAACAACCAUGCCCAGCACCACCGUGUCCCUCAGCCUCUCAUCCUCCACGGCCCUAGAGGCGUCGGCAAAACCACCCUCAUCGUUGAAAGACUCCUUGGUGAGUGGAAUAAAGGUGUUCAUGUCACUGGAUAUGUGGACUUGGCUCAAUCGAUCAAGGAUCACCAUCCGCAGCACAAUAGCUCAUUCCCGUGGUAUUCUUGGUCGAAUUGUGAUCCACCCAAUUUAUCAACUCUCCAGAAUCAGCUCGAACAAUGCCUCGAAUCCAUGGCGGAAAAGGGUGUCAAGCUCGGUACCAUAACUUCUCAGCAGAUAUUCACGACUAUGAAAAAAUGGCAUGGCCUAAACACAGCGCUUCGACGGAUUCUUGAGAGCAAUCAUUCCUCGAAGACUGCGGUUUCAGAUAAGGUUGCUGGUUCAGCAUUGUGGAGUCGGGCCCUUUUUGCCCUAUCUACUCAAUGCAAUGCCAAAGAGAUUGAUGGUAUUUUGGGAUUGAAGGAGAAGGGAAGGAGUUUAUCAGUCGAGGAGGCUUCUUAUUUGCAAGAGGCCAUUGUUGCAUUGAAGCUAGCCAAGGAGGUGAUUAAGCUUCAGCAUGGGUGGAGGAGUAAGGCAAUUGCACAUCUGAAUCAGACUGGACGGUUUUCAAGGUCUCUAGCGCAUUCCUGUACUGAUUGGCCGUGUUUGCUGUUGGAACUGUUGUCACAAGCUGCUGAACUAGAUCAUUUUCAGCCCAAGUUGGUGAUAAACAACAUAGAUGUGCUAAGACAUGCUAUCUUGACUGAUGAUUCAUCAGUUGGUGCAUCAAUGUACCAUGACAGUCUGAUAUGGAGAAUAAUUGCUUUGGGUGCAAAUGAGAGAUGCCUGCCAGUUAUACUCAUCACUUCUGAUAGCUACUACUCCUAUAGAGCUUUCAUGGAUUUUGGGUUUCCAGACAUAUUCAUCUCCCGUGAGACCUUUGGCUGGACUCCCCAAGAAGCUAAAAUGCAUAUGGUGGCAAAUUUCUUCAGCAAUUCAGAGUGGUUGGUGAUUUCUGAGGUGCUCGGGUCAAAUCCUCGCCAUCUCUUCGAGCUCUACACACUCAAACAAAGCAAUUUCUAUAAUAGGGUUAUAAGUGACAAGAAUAGCUCAUUUGAAGACAUUGUGGAUGCAUAUAUAGCUUACUUGCAGAUUACCAUGGUGAAUCCUGCAAUGGAUAAGGCUGUAAAGAUACUUCAAAAGUUUGCUGCUGAUGUGCGAUGUGGACGAAUUCCAAAAGAUAGACUCCGUUUUGGUGCUCCUUGGAGGCAUCCUCCAUCUGAUGACAACCCUACACUGAGCUUGGAAUGGGCAAAGCUUCAGCUUUUGGACUUUGUUCAAUCCCUCAUUAAUGCGGAAUUUGGGGUCAAUUACUUCGCUGAUUGUAGCCUCGAGAUCUUUGACGAUCCAUCUGCUGUAGCAUUAAUCGAGGUUGGCUUGCUCUAUACCCAAAGGGAUCCUUCUUUCGUUCGCCCUGUGUCACGAGGUAUUCAGAGGUGUCUCGUGAGAUGGCUUGUGCAGGAGCGAAUGCAGUUGAGCUUCCAUUGCUCACUCAAGUACCUGUGGCAGCGAUUUUUCCGUGGUCGUAGUUAUCGCCAUUUGAUGCUACAAGAAGGCUAUAAGUGACUCCAGUGAAUAUAUUGCCAGUUCAUCCUUCUUUGCCUGGUCAUUUGCUUUGACAGUUGCAGAGAAAUAAGGUGCAGGGAAACGCAACAGCAUACUGACAAUGAUUCUUUUGCUACUGACACAUUGAUUGUGUCAAAGCAAGCCCUUGAUUUGAGGUGCCUGCGAAUAGAGGACCCUCCAUUAACCUGUAUACACACGAUUCCUUGAUAAUUGAGUAUUUUUUUCUAGUUGGCAAUUGAAAUGGGUCUCCAUCUGUGUCUGACGAAGGAUCCCCUGCAUACUUGAUGACUUGGGAGACAGAGCACACUGGCCGUGACUAAGAGCGAGUGAGGGGGCAACUUGUAGCUGCACGAGUAUUUCAAGACAGCAUGUAUAUUAGCAUGAUUAACAUGUCCAUUGAGACUUGGAAAGUAAGUACUCAUUUGAAAAGAGCCAGCGUCUUUUGUCAUCAUAGGUAGGUAACCAAUCUACCCAUCCAAAGUUUUUGCAAGUAUGUCAGCAAAUUGACAUACUUGAUGUUUGAAUGUUAUAAUAUCAUUUUCAAAUCUAGUCAGAAGA